AUGGCGAGAAACAAGGUGAAACUUGCAUUUAUCUCCGACGAAUCGAAAAGGAGAGCAAGCUACAUUAAAAGAAAACGGAGUCUGAUAAAGAAGGUGACAGAACUCACAACUCUUUGUGAUGUUCCAGCUUGUGCUGUAAUUUCCAGUCCUUUUGAUUCCCACAUAGAUGUUUGGCCAAAUCUAGAGGGAACCAAGAAUGUGAUUGAGAGGUAUCAAAAUUCAACAGUCAUAAAUGAAAGCAAGAAUGUCAGCCACCAAAGAUUCAUCAUGCAAAGGACAGCUAAAGCCAGAGACCAACUAAAAAAGUUGAAACAUGGCAAUCGUGAGAAAGAGCUGAAUCUUCUUAUGUUCGAGUACCUGCAAAACAACAAUAUCUCUUACGACCUAACUCCCGAAGAAGCGAAAGAUUUAGAUAAGGUUGUUGGGAAGAUGCUGAAGGAAGUUGAUAACAAGAUUAAUACACUUGAUUGA